UAUAUGAAUGAUUUAAAGCUAUCCAUGAGUAAUUAUAAUUGUAUUUCAGGUUUCUUAUUUAGGCUGUAAAGACUUCUUCUAAAAAUACCUAAUUAACUUAUUGGUAAUGUCUAUUUUUGAAAUUUAACGAGUUAAUUUACUAAAAUUAGGUUAUUAUCAUUAACACCUAAUUCUUAAUCAAUAGAAUAUAAGAAACAAAAAACAAGCACAAUUUUUUUAUUUAUUUAGAGGGGCUCACAUGUUUAGUAAAUUUAUAUAAAAUGGAUGAUAAAUUGGGAAUAUUUUGAGGCGAGAUUUAGAUUUUUAUCAUUUAUGAUUUGUUUUUUUUUCUUUAUAAUAGUGAAUGCACAUAAAUGGCCAUAUUUGCCAGUCAUUAGCUACUAUAAUGUAUUAGUAUUGACUAUAUAGAUUGCUUUUAUGUUGGAAGCAGAGAUUCACAACACUUAGUUGUAUUUUAUCAUCGAUACAGGUUCAAGUGUAACGAUGAUUGAAUCUCAUUAUAAUCAAUCUCAAACAUUUGAAAACCUAAACUAAACUUAUGAUUAGUAAUAUGACUUAGGUAAAUGCAAAGGUGUAUUUGGAAUGGAUCGACUAAUCCUAUCAAAAUAGUUGUACAUUCCUAAAUUUACUAUGGCAUAUGGAACGUGUUAGAAAAUGCCAGUAGUCUAAUUAAUAUUAUUAGUUCUUUGAUGAGUACAUAGGUUUGAUGGGUUUGUCCAACAGAUUUCAAGUGAAACAUGUUUUCGAAGAUGAAUAAUUUCAUAGUUCAAUCUUUGGACUAGAGUUUAGAAAAAACAAUGAGUCAAGACUCUAUUACAAUAUCACAAACAUUGAAGGGAAAGUCACUUGGCAUUAAUUAAAUGUAGAUCAUAGAUGGAUGAUUAAUAUGCUGGGUGUUUAUGUUGAUGAAGAUGACGUGACUGAUAUUUUUACAGGAAGUGCUUUUUUAGAUAGUGGAUAUAGUUGCUUAAUUCUAACUAAAAGUAAAUCAUUAUUCAAUAUAAUUAGAUUAAUUUGAAUACAUAUGGGAAAAGUAUUUCAAAUCUCUUUGUAAAAUAAUCGAUAAAUCCAUAUAUUGCGAUUGCAACUAUAAGGAUUUUCCAGAUUUCACAAUCUAUUUUGAAGGUGCCAAAAUCAGCAUCUAAUCUUCAAAUUACUUUCCUUAUUCAUAUAGUAAUAUAUUUUUAAUUCAUUUAAGAUGAACAACUUUGUAAAUUAUGUAUUAGUCAACAUAGCAGGGAUUAUUUAAUCCUUGGAUUGCCAUUUAUAAUGUCUACAACUGUGUUAUUCGAUAAAACUAAUCAAAAAAUUGGUUUAGUUGAGUAAGAAUAACUUUUAUCAUUAGUUCAUUUGACAUUAAUUAAAUAUCUCCAAUUUAUUUUCAUCUCCAACUAAUUUUGGCUGGGACUUUAACAAUAGUGAUAAUUUUUUAUGCAUCACAGAGGGAAAGAACUUUUGUUAAAAUUGAGAUUGAAUUAAGAAAUUUGAGAUAUUUGUGA